AUGGCGGUGUCCUCGCCUUCGUCCCCAGCGCUCGAGAGGAUGAUGGGCAGCAAGUCCAGGUGGCGCCGCGGCAACAGAAAGGUGAUCAAGCGCUACAUCGGCGAGGCGCGGGCGGCGCUGGAGGCGGCGGCGGCGCAAGGAGGAUGUGACGGGGGCGACGAGUCGGCGGCGGAGGCGGCGCUCGGCCUGGUGGCGGCCGCGCUGGAGGUGUCGCCGCGCAUGGAGGCCGCGCUGGAGCUCCGGGCGCGCGCGCUCCUCGCGCUGCGGCGCUACCGCGACGUCGCCGAGAUGCUCCGCGACUACAUACCCAGCUGCGGCAAGGCGAGCGCCGGCGGCGACGACAGCACCGCCUCCUCCGUCUCGUCCUGCUCGUCCGGGUCCGGGGACCUUGCCUGCGCCUCCCGCGCCGGGCUCCUUUCCCCGUGCCGCGACAUCUCCGUCUCGGGCGCCGCCGGAGGAGCCUCCCGUUUCCUCUGCUGCUUCGACGUCUCUGAGAUAAAGCGCCGCGUCGUCGCCGGGAUUUCCAGGAGCUCCGAUACCGAAACCCAGUGGAGGUACUUGGUCCUGGGUCAAGCAUGCUUCCAUCUCGGUUUAAUGGAGGACGCCGUGGUGCUUCUCCAAACGGGCCGCCGCCUCGCCUCGGCGGCGUUCCGCCGCGAGAGCGUGUGCUGGUCGGAGGACAGCUUCUCCCCGCCCAGCUCGACGGCCAAUGUGGUAUCCAUGCCGGCGGGCAGAAGGGCGUCGUCGGGGAUGCCGCCGCCGAGCGAGGCGGACUCGCUGUCGCAGCUCCUGGCGCACGUGAAGCUCCUGCUCCGGCGCCGCGCCGCCGCCAUGGCCGCGCUCGACGCCGGCCUCCCGGCCGAGGCCGUGCGCCACUUCUCCAAGGUGCUCGACGCGCGCCGCGGCGGCGUGCUCCCGCACUCCUUCGCCACGGCCUGCCUCGUGGGCCGCGCCGCGUCGUUCCGCGCGUCCGGACGCCCCGCAGACGCCAUCGCCGACUGCAACCGCGCGCUGGCGCUCGACCCGGCGUUCAUCCCGGCGCUGCGCGCGCGCGCCGACGUGCUCGAGUCCAUCGGCGCGAUCCCGGACAGCCUCCGGGACCUGGACCACCUGAAGCUCCUCUACGACGCGGCGCUGCGCGACGGGAAGCUGCCGGGCCCGAGCUGGCGGCCGCAGGGCGGCGUCCGCCAGGGCGAGAUCGCGGGCGCGCACCGCGAGCUCGUGGCACGCAUCCAGCAGCUCCGCGGCCGCGUGGCCGCCGGCGACGGGUGCGGCGUGGACUACUACGCGCUCCUCGGCCUGCCGCGCGGCUGCACGCGGACGGAGCUGGUGCGCGCGCACCUCCUGCUCACGCUGAAGCUGAAGCCGGACCGGUCGGCGUCGUUCGCGGAGCGGCUGGAGCUGGUGGACGAGCACCGCGACCUGGAGUCGGUGCGCGACCAGGCGCGCAUGUCGGCGCUGUUCCUGUACAGGAUGCUGCAGAAGGGUUACUCGCAUGUCAUGUCCGCCGUGCUGGAUGAGGAGGCCGCGCAGAGGCAGAGGGCAAGAGAAGACGCCGCUGCAUUGGCAGCUGCCAUGGCGGCCGCCGCAGCGCCGGCGCCCAAGCAAGAAGAAGAAGCAUUGACCGUGCCGGAGGGUACUAAGUCAGAUAAUGCCCGUCCCGCAAACGUUGGCAACGUUCUGGUCGCGAAGCUGGAAGUGAUCGCACCACCAUCGCCGCCGACGCCGAGGCUCACGGCGGCGACCGUGGCGGCAACAAUGAGCCCAAUGUUCCAAGGCGCGUUCUGCCGCGACAUGGCGGUGGUCGGGACGCUGCUCUCGCGCGGCGGGUUCGACCUGCCGCCAAUGGCCGUGAAGUGCGAGGCGAUGAGCUGCUGAUCGACGACCGACCAGCCAAUUCGCCGGAGACGGCGGCAUUGCAGGUGGCGGGAAAACGGAUGAGAGAAUUCGAAGAGGAGCUAGCUUGCUCGAUUGGUGAAACGACCCGCUGGCCGCCGUCUGUAGCACCAGUCCUAGUGUACAGUUUGAGAAGAGUCGCUAUCGAUUGAGAGAAGAAAAUCAAGUACUGAAAUUUUGGUUUCGUCUUAUUUGGAUCGUGUCCUUUGUGAGCUUGCCAUAGUGAUGUU